AUGCUGGUUUUACGCAGAAGCUGUGCAGAUACAUCAGCCCUGAUGGAUGCGACAGUACACAUGCGGAUCAAGGACUACAGAGGACACCCAGAAGGCUCGCCGUCAACAUCGCCCUACUUCUCCACGCCCGAACACCCGUAUGACCGCUAUUCGAUAUCCUUUUCCUUCACACCCAAGACCGAUAUCGCAGGCGAUAAACUGGUCUUUGGCAACGACUUUGACCACCCGAUUCGCGACCGUCUGCCGCCUCUGUUCGACAAGGCGUUUGGUGUUGUCAAGUGGUGGAUCGACCCUGGACUAGAUGGCGAUGUGUAUGCAGAUGAACCGUACCUGUACGGUGCGCUACUGAGCAGCAUCAACGUGCUGAGGAUCGGCGCAAAAGGCGAUGCGGACAAGUCGACGGCAGGUGAGCUAGAAGGAAAAGCGCAAACCGAGGGCGACGUGGAAGUCGACGGAUCCGAAGGCGAGGCUAUAGUCUACUCGGAAGGCGCGGAUGGAGAUGGAGUUGACGUUCGCAAAGAAAAGGGAGUCCCUGACAAGGCUGCUGCGCGACAAAAGCACUUCCUCAACGAGCAACGACGGAAAGACUUUACAUUCGAGGCGGGACGGGAGUACAAGUGCGACUUCUUUAACCCGUACCUCGACUUCAACGAGUUUGCGCUCAAGAUAGGUUACGGACUGCCCAACAUCUCCAUCAUUGGCCACUGGGACGGACAACCACUGCGAUAUGUGCUGAAGAACCGUGAAACGAACAAGGAGCUGUUUGUGGUUGUGAUUGAGUUGCUGCCGACGGAACAAGCGAAGAAGGAGGGUGCCGAGGACCCGAAGGAGAAGUUUGAAGAGGUGCAUGGGAAGGAGGGGGAGAAGGAAGAUGAUGAACUGGACUAG